AUGGCUCGCAGAGGUGGUGGUUGUGUUGUGAAAGCAAACCCUACCAAGCUAAUUGAGAAAAUGCUGCGGACCCCCAAGUGUUCCCGGUGCCGGAACCAUGGUUUCGUGGUACCCGUGAAGGGCCACGCGGGCAAGUGCCGCUGGAAGCAGUGCACCUGCGAGAAGUGCUACUUGAUCAGCGAGCGCCAGAAGAUAAUGGCUGCGCAGAAAGUUCUCAAGAGGCAGGCGUCUGAAGAAGAGGAGCAGGAGGUGGCCCUGGGCGCUCAGGGACCUGAGCCCGUCGUCGUCUCUGGGGCUGUGGCUGCGGUCCGGGGCUCAGACCGCCCACUGCCGCCCGCCGCUGCAGGGGACUUGCAGCCCAGAUCCCAUGGCCGCGAGACCUCUGGCUUCCCCGAGAGGCCCCCACGGGGCCCGGACUCGGGCCCCAGCGCCUUCCACUGGGUGGUGAACCGCCGCAGACACGUGGAAGCGAGCGAAGGAGCUGCCCCUGCGGCGUCCAGUUCUGUGGGACGCCAGCUCCAGGGGGAGGCCGUAGGCCGGGGACGUCCGGGCCGCCUGGAGGUGCGCAGGCCUCUGCUGCCUGUGCCCAACCCGCCAUUCGCCCACUUCGAACGCCCUCUGGGCAUGAACUCGCAUUAUAUGAUGAAAUCCGACUACCUGGAGAGAGAGGCCUCCAAGCUGUACCCUAGCUGCUCCAGCAUGCAUUCUUACCGCCCAUUUCCGCUGGGCUACCAAGAUGUGUCCCCCAUCCCAGGGACUCCUCUGCAGCAAGGCUUUCGGCAUGUGUCCUGCAACACCCAACAAGGAGGAACUUCGGUGUCGGAACCAGUGCGAGAUUUCCAGCCCAACUACUACCCUCCCGCUCCACCGCCACAGCCCCAGUUCCUCCCUCCAGGCUUCCUUUCUUCCAUCCACUUCAUACCACCACCACCACUGCCACCACUGCCGCCAUCAUCUUUCUCACUGGCCUUCCUGUCUGAAGCGGACAAGGAAACCACUGAUAACCAGGAUGCGGAGGCACCUUACGAGUCCAGCCAGCCGUCUUCUCAGGAGCCAUCCAACUAA